CGUUGGUAGUCGAAACUUUGGAGUAACAUGAAGGUGUCAGCGACAGUGCUGGUUUCUGGUUUCUUGGUGUCGUGGAUGGUUGCUUAUCCAGAGCUCGUGGACUCUGGUGCACUCGAAAAUAUCUGGGAAGGAACAAAAGUAGAGGGACAGGACAAGCCGCAAGGUUUAAUCGAAAAUUUCAAACUACUGAAAGAUAAAUUCACACCGCCGCGAUUAUUGGAAAGUGCAAGAUUCGGGAGACUGGGGACACCUAAUCCGUCGCGACAGCAGAGCAACGGAAACGAUGAAGUUUCGACGCCGCCGCUCUUGAAAUCGCUCAUCUUCGGCAAAGACAACGCAAUCGUCUCGACGAUCUCGAACGUGGUGGGAGCAGCCAAGGGAUUGAUCGGUAGGAUCAAGAGUAAUUUCCAGCAAGGGGUCGUUCCGAGCUUGGACAAAAGUGAUUCUGCCCGGCUGAAAGGGCAUGAAUCAAGCGGCAACGACGAUUCUCGGGUACCGAUAGCGAUUGAGAGGGCCAACAGCAACGCGGUGAUAGAGGGUCGCGCGAACGGUUAUCGGGAAUCGGCAGAAGCUGGCGCGGAAGAAAAACGCGCGAUUCACUCAGCUGGUUCUCGAGCGUCGUCGGAGGCGGAUGCAAAAACAGGUGCCAGCCGGGGAAAACAGUCGGCAGCGUCUCAGAUAUCGGCGGGGGAAAUCGAAGAAAAAUCAGUUGGCGCAAAAAGGCAGAGUCAUUCUUCCGUGGAGACUGGGAAAAAGUCGUUAACCAGCGACGACCCGAAACGGGAGAGAGUUCCCGAGGAUCGGGAAAUUUUGUCGAAAAAGCAGCUGCCAGCGAGUGAAGGGACCAACGAUCGAACAAAAGAGUAAAAGUUAAAUUAGAUAACAAUCCGGAGUAAGAGGGAAGGUACUUGAUCGCUAAUUGUUCGUAAGAUUAAGAAAAAAAAUUGUCCAACACCAAGAAGAAGAAGAAGAAACCAGAUGAUGAAAAUUAAUCGCGAAACAUGUAUCGUUAAAAAAAGAUGAGAUAAAGAUGAUUGGUAACUGCUUGGAAAAGUUAAAGCUAAAGAAUCAAGCGAGAGCGGCGAAAACGCUGACGUGGAGAUGUCUGUCGUGACAUAGAAAAAAUAUGACCACGUACACAGAGAAUGCUCGAACGUGGAGGGACAGAUAGUUCGUUGAGCGAGCAGAUGAAAAAUUAUCCAUUGUCACGCGUAACGAUCGAUCUGCUCUUAUUGUUAAUACUAAGGUGAAAAGAAAAGGUGACGAUCUUUACGGACCAUUUCGAGACAUCGGCAGAAAUCGAUGAAUAAGCAGUAAUCAAAGGAAGAAGAAGAACGGAAAUUUCCAAGCGAGUAGCUAGAGAAAGAUGGUCGCUAAACUAUCACCGAACGUGUCAUGCAAAACGCAACGUUCAGGAGAAAAUAGUUUUAAAGUAUCAAACGAUGUCGAGAGCGUGGAACGGAACGAACACGUCGAGAUUUCUCGCGUAUUAGCUGCGAUCGAUGAGUAAGCGAUUGUGAACAGCAUCGACGUCGCGACAAAACGAUCGUGAAGGAUCUCGCGGUGCGAGCUAGCGUCAAGUACGCGCUAAGGAACACUAACUACGGGUAUUCAGACACACGAAUAAUUACAGAAUCCGCUUGCAAAUAUCUAAACGUCGACGUUUGAAUUAUUAACAAAUGCGUAGUCAUCGUUAUUAACAUUGUACGAAUGGACAAAUUACAUACUUUACUUCUUGAUUUGGGUAACUUCGUGUUUAUUUUUAACCCUUUAACCCUUUUAACCCUCAAAAGUCAAAUCAUUUUCUGAGUUCGCUAAUUUCUGGUAACAUUUUGACAAGGGCCUAGAGUGUCUUUUCUUCAACAAAUUUUAAUUUCUCAAACAUAACCUAACCUAAUUUUUCAAAUCUAACCUUAAAUCUUUAAGAGAUUAACAGUUAUAGUCGAUCUUUUUCGAACUGCAAUAGACUCGAAAAGCUGUUGAAAACAUAAAAUAGGAAAAGCACGUUUC